AGGCUGUCUAAUCGCGUCUGGGUGGCCGGCGGCGGGCGCCCCGCGAGCCUCAAUGGGCGCGGGCGGCGCCCGAGCUAGUCGCGCCACAAGCCCCGGAGGGGCCACACGUGUCCUCGUUCCCGCCACGCGACUUAUGUAACCAUCCACACGGUCUCCACCUUCAGCCACAAAUCUGACCUGACAACAAUUAUUUAAGUCAAACAACAAAUCGAACGAAGCGCCUUCAACCGAUACUAUCAAUUACAAGUAGUUAGCAUAAGAUAUAGUUAGUGAACACAAGUGCCAAGCGUGGAUAGCGUAGGUUUAGCUAGUUAAAGUCUCGUGUAGUCGUGAGUGCGUGGUGUGGCGGAGCUCGUUCGGGCGUCGAUGCGUCGGUAGUCCAGGGUGUGAAGUCCAGAAUCAAGAUUGAGGUGGUGGCCGGGUGCGGUUGGGGCCGGCGGGCGCGCGUGAGGCCACUGCACGCGCUAGGCCGCGCGGCCGGCAUGUUGGCAUCGCAGCGGUCGCAGUCGUGCAACGAGGAGGGCGCGUUCUUCGGGGCGCGCGCGCUGCGCAGGCCGCGCGGCAAGGGCAGCGGCAGCCCGCCCUGCUAGGGGUACGCCAUGUCGCUGCGCAGCCUGCACCGGCGGCUAUCAUCCGCCAAUAACACAUGCGAGGAUGGUGGAGGCGGCGCUGCGACAGGCACGGGCGGGCGCGCGGCGUCGCUGCGGCUCGCCAACGGGCGGGUUGCGGCGCAGUCGGCGGAGCAGCUGCCGCACUCGCCGGCCGACUGCGCGUCCGUGCGCAUAUCCAUCGACAACACCAACACCUGCUGCACCGACUCGCUCGUCACCGCCCUUGACGACGAGACGCUUCUGCUCGGCGACGCCGAUAUGGCCCUAAAGCAGGGCAGCGGCACCGGCAAAGUCCACUUCGGUGGCUUGGACGAUGUGUCUCUGUACGGCACACCAGUGGAGCCCGCCCCGCCGGUGUCCGACGCCAAGCAGGGCUUCCUGCGGAACCAGCUCCAGGCGCUCUUCCAGCCCACCGACAACAAGCUCGCCAUGAAACUCUUCGGCUCCAAGAAGGCCCUAAUGAAGGAGCGCAUCAGGCAGAAAGCGGCCGGCCAUUGGGUCAUACAUCCUUGCAGUAGUUUCAGAUUCUACUGGGAUCUGUGUAUGCUGCUGCUCCUGGUGGCCAACCUGAUCAUCCUGCCCGUCGCCAUCUCCUUCUUCAACGACGACCUCAGCACGCGCUGGAUAGCCUUCAACUGUCUCUCGGAUACAAUUUUCCUUAUAGAUAUCGUUGUUAAUUUUAGGACAGGAAUAAUGCAGCAAGAUAAUGCAGAACAAGUGAUAUUAGAUCCCAAGUUAAUAGCGAAGCACUAUUUGAGGACAUGGUUCUUCCUUGACCUCAUCUCUAGUAUACCACUAGAUUAUAUAUUCUUGAUCUUCAAUCAGGACUUUAGUGAAAGCUUUCAAAUUCUUCACGCGGGUCGUGCACUAAGGAUACUCCGGUUAGCCAAGCUGCUGUCCCUGGUGCGGCUGCUGCGGCUGUCCAGGCUGGUCCGCUAUGUCUCGCAAUGGGAGGAAGUAUAUAUGAGCCCCGCUCCGCAGCCGCGCGCCGCGCCGAGCGACGCCGAGAGCACCGGCUCGCGCGACCUCGUCACGCAGAUCUUGCAGAAUCUUCAAAAAAAGCGCACGGAACGAAGGGGACGUCUCAGCUCCGACGUUGCCAAAAAGAAGGGUCACACCAAAAGCAAUCUGAUCUUCAAGUUCCUCAACAUGGCAUCGGUGUUCAUGCGGAUAUUCAACUUAAUCUGCAUGAUGUUGUUGAUCGGCCACUGGUCCGGAUGCCUUCAAUUCCUGGUUCCUAUGUUGCAAGGGUUCCCGGCGAACUCUUGGGUUGCAAUAAACGAAUUGCAGGAUUCAUUCUGGCUGGAACAGUACUCGUGGGCACUGUUUAAGGCCAUGUCACACAUGCUGUGCAUCGGAUACGGACGGUUCCCGCCGCAGUCACUUACCGACAUGUGGCUCACGAUGCUGUCCAUGAUCUCGGGCGCGACCUGCUACGCUCUCUUCCUCGGCCACGCCACCAAUCUCAUCCAGUCCCUCGACUCAUCCCGCAGACAAUACAGAGAAAAGGUGAAACAAGUAGAAGAAUACAUGGCUUACCGAAAAUUGCCGCGUGAGAUGAGACAGCGCAUCACGGAAUACUUCGAGCACCGGUACCAGGGCAAGUUCUUCGACGAGGAGCUGAUUCUCGGCGAGCUGAGCGAGAAGCUCCGAGAAGACGUGAUCAACUACAACUGCAGAUCAUUGGUGGCCUCUGUACCGUUCUUCGCAAACGCAGACUCCAACUUCGUGUCCGACGUCGUCACUAAGCUACGUUACGAAGUCUUCCAACCUGGCGAUAUCAUCAUAAAAGAAGGAACAAUUGGAAACAAGAUGUACUUCAUACAAGAAGGAAUCGUAGAUAUAGUAAUGGCGAACGGCGAAGUAGCAACAAGCCUUUCCGAUGGGUCAUACUUCGGAGAGAUCUGCUUGCUGACCAACGCGCGGCGGGUGGCGUCCGUCCGCGCGGAAACAUACUGCAACCUGUUCUCGCUGUCCGUGGACCACUUCAACGCCGUGCUCGACCAGUACCCGCUCAUGCGGCGCACGAUGGAGAGCGUGGCCGCCGAGCGGCUCAACAAGAUCGGCAAGAACCCCAACCUCGUGGCGCACCGCGAGGACGACACCACGUCAGAGGGGAACACGAUCAACGCGGUGGUGAACGCGCUGGCGGCCGAGGCCGAGCACGUCAGCCUGUCGGACGACAGCGUGGCGCGCCUGUCGGAGCGCUCGCUGGGGCUGGCGCUUCAGCCGCUGCAGGCGGCGUCAUGCCGCAUGGCGGGCGUGGCGCUGCCCGGCCUUGGCGUGGCGGCGGCGUUGCCGCGGCCCAAGUCCGAGCACGACUUCAGCUCCGUGCAGCAGCCGCACCUCACGUCCGCCUCCGCCGCCUUCCACAAGUCCGACGCGGGCAUAGCGCCCUGACGCCGCACCGUCUGCUAGGGGCCUGCGGGCCGCCGAGCGCCGACCGAUAGCAAUACUAGGCUUAGUGCGAGCCGACACUCGCUAGUUGUAGCGUAGACACGAGUAUUAUAGCUGCGACUUCGCCGGGCGCGCCCGCGAGGCGCCGCCCGCUGAAUCUCAUUUUGUGAUCUUAUACUUAAUUCUCCUGUGUUAUAAUUUAGGUUAAAUUUUAUAUCAUUGACGCUGUGAGGAAUCGGCAAAUACGCGACGUAUUCCGAUUGUAUAGAUAUACCUGUUAUAUAUUGAAGAAUGAUACUA